AUGUUAUAUUACGAUGAUGAUUUCUUCAAUAGUAGACAGAAGAAAGAGUUUAGAAUAAAUGCAACUAUUGUUAUUUCAAUGAUCUAAAUAACUAUUUAAGCAGUCAUAAUGGUAAUCAAAGGAAUUUCUCACUUUUGCAUUUUAUAUUAUGCUGGAUCUAAACAUACACCUGCUAUAAAAUAUCAUUAUCAUUUCCACAGAUUAUUCAAUCCAAUCUUUUUACAUGGAGGAAAUGGUCACCUAUUAUCCAAUCUACUUAGUUAAUUGUUACUAUGUUAUUCAUAUGAAAAUAGAAAUGGAACAUAGGAUUUCUUAUUACUAUAUUUUUUAGCAGGAAUUGGAGGUAAUAUUGUUAGUGCACUCUACUUUCCAAUAGCAACUGGAGUUGGUGCAAGUGGUGCUAUAUUUGGUUUCAUGGGUUAUUAAUUGGCAUAUUUGAUAAAAACAAAAUAACCUUAAGAAAAGUAUUAUGGAAUUCUGAUAGUACUUUGUAUUUAGAUAUUAUUGAUAUUUGAACCUCACACUCAUGUUGAUUACUCUGCUCAUUUUGGAGGAUUUUUUGUAGGGAUUUUAUGGUAUUAAAAACAGAAGGCUUUAAUUGGAUUGUUGUUGUUAUUAGGAUGUGCAUGCAUUUUUUUGAUUGAUGUACCAGAUUAACGAUACUGUUGA